CGCACAGGGUGUAAGAAAAAUAUUUUUCAUUAACAUGUUUUUAAAAAAUCCUGUGAUUCAAAAUACACUCGACCUGAGGGGCCUCCCUCGUUAUGUCUACGGGCAGAAAAGUUAACGCCUUCUGGAUAUCACUCCCCCCUUUUAAAACCCAGUCAAGUUUAUCAGAGAGAGACCGAACUUGGACUGGGUUUGAUAGAUUAGAGCCUCUGGUCCUACACGGGAGGACCAAGUAGAAUUGGUUGAACUAUCUUCUAUCUUUUUGCUCCCCACCCCCAUCACAGCCCCUCCUCCUUUAUAGUUUCUAAGUUGUAGACCUCUCGGUUCCCACUGACUGCCUUGGUUCUGGGGGGGGGUGGGGAGAAGAUUGUUGGGGAGAUUCAGGAUGGUCGCUUCAGGAGCUCUGGUCUUUCUGAUACUCCUCACCCUGGGGGAGACCUCUGUACACACGGUGCAGGGUCAGACCACGCCUCAACCGGCGCCCACUGCCCACAAACCGGCGGGCCGGGAGAUAGCGAACGCCAGCGGCUGGAAUCGGAACGGUAACGGUUCGGAGAACCGGCCCCUGUGCACGCAGAGGACCGAGAUUAAGGGCACCUUCAAAUAUAUCAACACCCUCGUCUCUUGCCUAGUGUUCGUGGUGGGGAUCAUCGGCAACUCCACCCUGCUGAGAAUUAUCUACAAAAACAAGUACAUGAGGAAUGGACCCAACAUCCUCAUUGCCAGCCUGGCUCUCGGGGAUUUGCUACACAUUAUCAUCGAUAUCCCCAUCACCGUCUAUAAGCUCCAUGCUGAAGACUGGCCGUUUGGGGUGGAAAUAUGCAAACUAAUGCCGUUUAUGCAAAAGGCAUCUGUUGGAAUCACUGUUCUGAGUCUCUGUGCACUCAGUAUAGACAGGUAUCGAGCUGUGGCAUCCUGGAGCCGUAUUCAAGGAAUCAGAGUUCCUAUGUGGACUGUGAUUGAAAUUAUUCUCAUUUGGGUUGUGUCAAUUAUUCUGGCAGUUCCUGAGACUAUAGCCUUUGAUCUGGUAAAUACAGACUACAGAGGAAAGAAAUUCAGUGUCUGCUUGCUCCAUCCUGUUCAAAAAAGUCCAUUUAUGCAGUUCUACAAGAUAGCAAAAGACUGGUGGCUGUUUGCUUUUUAUUUCUGUAUGCCUCUCGCAUGCACAGCUCUGUUUUACUCUUUAAUGACUUGUGAGAUGCUAAGAAAGAAAAGUGGGAUGCAGAUCGCUCUGAAUGACCAUCUGAAACAACGUCGUGAGGUAGCAAAGACUGUAUUCUGCCUGGUGCUUGUUUUUGCUCUCUGUUGGCUUCCACUUCAUCUCAGUAGAAUUUUAAUGAAGAUAUUCUAUGAUGAAAAUGAUCCCAACAGAUGCGAGCUACUGAGUUUUCUCCUAGUGAUGAACUACAUUGGCAUUAAUAUGGCUUCCCUCAAUUCCUGCAUCAAUCCGAUCGCACUCUACUUUGUCAGCAAGAGAUUCAAGAACUGCUUUCAGUCCUGCCUUUGCUGCUGGUUCCAGAGGAAGACAAUGAUGCACGUGUUGCCCUUGGAUGAAAAGCAGUCCUGCAUCAAAUGGAAGUCAAAUGGUAUCGACCAGGGGCUAGACCACAGUAAUUCACGUUCCAGUAAUAAAUACAGUUCAUCCUAAAACAGAGGCCGUGUUCCACACAUCCAUUUCCAGAAAGAAUGCUGGUAGUGCCAAAUACUGUGCAAAAAGAUCUGAUUGUUAUCACAAAUGACAAAAAUCCAAACUGAAAAUCAUAGAGCUUUCCCAAAGAAAG